CACUCCGACUCGUCGGCUUCAAUCGGCCGGCGGAGUCCUGUCAUCCUCAUCUCCGAUUGCUGUGUUAUACAGGAGUUGGGUCGAUCUACUAUUCUUGUUGUGGUGUUCUGUUUUUCGGAUCGUUGGCCUGCUCGACAAGGGUUCUUCAUUCAAACUUUGCUGGACUUGUCCCUGCUCUUUUUGAAGAUGGAUAAUGAACCGCAUGCUUUCAAUGGAGAUGAUGUUCCUGUUUUUUGCAAUGAGGGUAAC